AUGUUUUUAUCCGGACAAUAUUUGUCAAGUUUUAUUUAUUGUUUAUUGAUUAUAUUUCAAUUCCCAACACUCAUCAUUACUGAACAAUUACUCAUUCAGUUAUCUAAUCUUGGUUUACAAUUUACUCCAAUCAAUGAACAAGCAUUCUUUCUUCUUCAAACGACAACUGAUUCAGCAAUGAAAUGUACUCAGACAUGUUUUUCAGUUGCGCUUUGUCGUACAUUCCACUUCGAUCCCCAAUCAAAACUUUGUCGACUUUAUCAAGGAGACAUCGACAGUUCAGGUUUUAUUGUCCAUUCAAAUUCAACUCAAUCCGUUGUUGGAUCAAUACAAUUGAGAGAAGAAAACUUUGCUGAUCAUGGUCGUCCAUGUAAUUAUUGCUCAAAUAGUCGACAUUUGACGUGUAUGAAUUCCACUUGUCAAUGUCAAAUAUAUACAUUUUAUGAUGGAUCAGUAUGUCGGAGCCAGAAACUAGCUGGUAGUAACUGUAGUACCAAUUCACAUUGUCGAAGUGAUUUGAACUUGACUUGUUUGUCAUAUUAUCAAUGCGAACUUAACUUAAAUUUUGGAAACAUAUCAUCAAGCACUACCACUUCAUCAACCUCUGCGUCAUCAAGCACUACCACUUCAUCAACCUCUUCAUCAACAACAGCAACACAAAAACCAUUGAAUCCAUGUGCAGCAGGGGCAGAUCGAUGGUCUACUGCUGGCAUUACGAUUGUCAAUUCAACAUAUGUUACAUUGGUUAAUGGCCUUUUUAUUGAUCCCGGCGACACAUUGUAUUUCGUAGAUGAAACAGCAAAUGCUGUCGUAUGGAAGUUAGACAAAGGUAGUACAGUUCCAGUCAUUAUUGCAGGAAUAAAAACUGUUACCGGUUCGACUGCUGGUCUACUCUAUAAUCCGCAAGCUGUCUAUGUCGAUUCAAAACAAAAUAUGUAUGUAUCUGAUCUGAUGAAUCACAGAAUACAAAAGUUCAUCAAUGGCUCAACUGUUGGAAUCACUGUCGCUGGUAUAACUUCAACACCUGGUUCUCAGCUAAACCAGUUACGUGGUCCACGGUAUUUGUGGGUGGAUCCGAAUGAAGAAUACAUAUACAUUGCUGAGAGUGAUAAUCACCGUGUUAUGCGUCAUAGGACAAAUUCCACAUCAGGUACUGAUGGCGUUCUUAUUGCAGGUGGAAAUGGUCAAGGUAAUGCAACCACACAACUCAGUUAUCCGUACGGUAUUUAUUAUGCUCCGAAUAUAAGCAAUUAUUUGUACGUCACAAAUGUUGCUAAUAGUUGUGUUAUGAAAUGGGCAAUCAAUGCAACGUCAGGAACUUUCGUAGCAGGUGUACCAGGCACACCAGGAUCAAAUGCUACACUUCUUAAUACACCAGUGGGUAUUAAAAUAGAUACUUUUAUGAAUAUGUUUGUUGUCGAUAAUCGAAAUCAUCGCGUACAAAUGUUUUGUAACAAUAGUCAGAUUGGCAUAACAGUUGCUGGUAAUGGUGUGGCAGGUAAUAAUUCGACGCAACUAUCGAGUCCUAUGGGCAUCGCGUUUGAUUCAUCGUUAAAUAUGUACAUUACUGAUGGAGGAAAUCAACGUAUUCAAAAAUUUCUUAAACUAUAA